AUGAAUGAUGAAACGUCUAAAACACCGUACAAUUCGUCUGCUUUGCUGAACACGGUGAGUGUCUCCUCAACUUCGGAAUCAGAAGAUCUGGUUCAGAAAAAUGGGAAGCAAGAACCGAAGACGUUCGGCGGAAGAUCGACUAUAAGCCGAACAACGAUCAGUACGUGAACCUGCCAUCGCCGGGAAAAGAACAGCAGCUGGUCGACGAAGUAACUGCCAAGCUGCAGAAAAUUUCGGUGGCGGAGGAGAAGCCUCGUGAAGAGACAUCGAAGGAAAAGCGGAAGAAGAAGAAGAAGAUGACCGACGAGCCGGUGGCGGCGUAUGAGGUGCUCGGCCCACCGACGGAGGAAUCCACCCGAACUUCGGAGUAUUUCCUGGCGCAGUCAUCCGAUAACACUCUUCAGUGAGUCUAGUAUCUUUCGUUAUUUUCCCUGAUUCUACAUUCAGAGUCGACAAUGCUUGCGGCACCUACAUUGGAGUUCAAAGUGCUUCAGACGCCGAAGGACAAGCGAGUCGUCGCGGAGAAUUCUCGCUGUAUCAUUUGUUCGAACCGCAUCGCUGUCUGAACAAUCUGUCUUCUGGCCUCCCAUUGAUUCUUGUCUACUUCACGACCACGAAGAAGCAUCGUCAUUACCCGAUUCGCAUGACCGGAGACGGCGCCGGAGGAAAACAGUUUUUCGUCGAUUGUGCUUAUCCGAACGUUCGAAAACAUGUCUCACUCGGACAACUCGUUAAAUAUUACAAGGUAAACGGAUGUAGAAUGUUUCUCCUAGAAAUAUGUUUCCGAUUCAGACAUUCGGAUCACUGGCGAUCAAUCCCGAUGAUACCUACGCCGACGAGUUCUCCUGGUGGCUGGAGUAG